GAUAAUUGAAUUUCUUCGAUUUUUCAUCAUUUUUUUUGGCUUUGUUCUAGUUUUUUUUCAAAACAUUUUUCACUUUCCAAUAAGCAUUUGCCACAUUCAUCAUGACAAUCGAUUCGGAAAUCAAUCCAUCAUCGUCAUCAUCAUCGAUUGUCAAUCAAAUUCUGGAAUUGGUCAUAUUCGAUUUCGAUCAAACAAUCAUUGAUUGUAAUACAGAUACUUUUAUCAAUCAACUUGCACCGAAUGGUCGUAUUCCAGUGGAAUUUUGGUCCAAAAAUAUAGUAUGGACUGAUUAUAUGCAAAAAGUAUUCAAUUUUCUACAUGAAAAUGGUAUUCGUCAUGAUGAUUAUUGUCAAUGUUUUAGUCAUAUGAAAUUUGUACCCGGUAUGAUUGAAUUGAUUCGAAAUCUACAUAAUGGAUUGCCUUCAAAUGGUAAAAAAUUCGAAAUGAUUAUCAUAUCAGAUGCAAAUUCAUUUGCAAUCAAUGAAAUCUUGGCACAAAAUAAUCUUACCAAUUGUUUUCAGAAAGUAUUCACAAAUCCGGCCUGUUUCGAUGAAAAUGGUCGUCUUUGUAUUGAAUAUUAUCAUGAACAAAAUGAAUGUCAAUUAUCAGCAAAAAAUCUUUGUAAAGGACAUGUACUUGAAGAUUAUAUUCAACAACGAAUCAAUGAGAAUAAUAAUAAUAAUAAUAACCAUUAUUAUAAUCGUUUACAUUAUGUUGGUGAUGGAUCAAAUGACCUUUGUCCAUCAUUACGAUUAUCAUCGAAUGAUUUUGUCUAUCCACGUUCUGGAUAUAAAUUGGAUCAUUUGAUAAGAGAAAAACUGGAACAACAACAACAACAGCAACAGCAAUCUGAACAAUUGAAAGCUCGUUCUAUUCCAUUUAGCCAUGGUGAUGAUAUCUGGAACAAUAUUUUAAAUGCCAAUAGAAAUUAGAAAAUUUUGACAAUUUUUUUUUCUCUUUGAAAUUAUUUAUUUAUUUAUUUGUUAUUAUUAUUAAAUUUUGAAUUUAGUCAAAUUAAAAGAUGUGUAUAUUUGUAUGUAUUUU